AUGCGGGGCCUCUUCGCUGCGACCACGCUGCUCGCCGGUGUGCACGCCGCCGUCGAUCCCAUUGUUAUCAAGGGUUCUAAGUUCUUCUACAAAAACAAUGGCACGCAGUUCUUCAUGAAGGGUGUUGCUUAUCAGCAGGAAGUCAACUCCAACACCACAUCCACCAAUGCCGACGACAUCGACAUCACCGACCCGCUCGCCGACAGCACGGCCUGUAAGCGCGACAUCGAGUACCUGAAGAAGCUCAACACCAACACAAUCCGUGUCUACGCCAUCGACCCCAAAAAGGACCACAAGGACUGCAUGAACGCGCUCGCUGACGCCGGCAUCUACGUCGUUGCUGAUCUGUCUGAGCCUGGCAACUCUAUCAACCGUGACGAUGCCGAAUGGACCACUACCCUCUACUCCCGCUACACCAGUGUCAUCGACGAGCUGAUGCAGUACGACAACACGCUUGGUUUCUUCGCCGGUAACGAGGUCUCUAACCAGCCCAACAACACUCUGGCUUCUGCUUUCGUCAAGGCUGCUGUCCGUGACAGCAAGGCCUACAUCAAGAGCAAAAAGUACCGCUCCGUCGGUGUCGGUUACGCUACCAACGACGACGCCGACAUCCGUGAGAACCUUGCCAACUUCUUCGACUGCGGGAACAGCGAUGAAGCCAUCGACUUCUGGGGCUACAACAUCUACUCGUGGUGCGGUGACUCUUCGUUCAAAGAAUCCGGCUUCGACGUCCGCACCAAGGAGUUCGAGAAGUACAACGUUCCCGUCUUCUUCGCCGAGUACGGUUGCAACACGCCUCGUCCCCGUCUGUUCACCGAGGUUGGUGCGCUUUACGGCGACGAGAUGACCGGCGUCUGGUCUGGUGGUAUCGUCUACAUGUACUUCGAGGAGGCCAACGAGUUCGGUCUUGCUACCGUCAAGGAUGGCAAGGUCACCACCAACAAGGACUUCGACAACCUCUCCAAGGAGAUCGCCAAGGCCACUCCCAGCGGUGUCAAGAUGGCCGACUACAAGCCUUCCAACACCGCCGCUGCCACUUGCCCCAAGGUCACUCCCGGUACCUGGGAGGCUGAGUCUUCCCCUCUCCCUCCUACCGCCAACGCCCAGCUUUGCAGCUGCAUGAUGGACACGCUCAGCUGCGUUGUCGCUGACAAGACCGAUGAGGACGACUUUGGCGACAUGUUCGGCUUUGUCUGCGGUCUCAAGGAUGGUCAGUACUGCGCUGGCAUCAACCGCAACAUCACUGCUGGCGCGUACGGUUCCUACGGCAUGUGCUCUGCCAAGGAGCAGCUGUCCUUUGCUGUCAACGCCUACGCCAAGGCUGUUUCUGGCGGCUGUGCUUUCAAGGGCAAGGCCACCACCAAGUCUGCCACUGCUUCCCCCACUGCUUCUGGCUGCUCCGACCUUCUCAAGGAGGUCGGUGCUGCCGGUACUGGUUCCGUCACCUCUGCUCCUCAGGCCUCUGGCUCUGGCUCUGGCUCCGGCUCCGGCUCUGGCUCCAACUCUACCGGCGCUGCCUCUGGCCUCAUCGUCCCCAGCCUCAACUCGGGUGCCAUGGGCUUGUACCUUCUCGGCGCAGUCGCCUCCGGCAUGGCUAUGAUCCUGUUGUAG